CGGACUUUCCGGUUUUACUACAAGAUAGGAAUUGAAGAUAUACGCUUUUGCCCUAUCAGAUAGCUCGCCCUAUUCCUGUUGACCUCUAUGAGGAACAAGUUACUCAAGAUGACCUUACCAUCCGCGUCUCAACCUAAUGGCCUAAGGAAGCUCUUCCUCAGCUUCUCGACUUAGUCUGAGAGUUUAAGGAGCUACUUGCCCAAGGUCCCGAAGACAUGCCUGGACUUAAUCGCCAGGUAGCUGAACAUGCCCUGGGGGUUCUUCCAGGGUGUCGCCCUCUACAACAAAAGAUAAGGAACUUCGCGUGGGAACGACGUCAAGUUGUUGUAGAAGAAAUACUCAAGCUCACUCAAGCAGGAUGCAUCCAAGAAAUCCUCUACCCCACCUGGUUGGCCAACGUUGUUACGGUAAAAAAGGCCAAUGGGCAGUGGAGGAUGUGCGUAGACUUUACCGACCUCAACAAGGCAUGCCCAAAAGACCCAUAUCCUCUUCCAAAAAUUGACCGAUUGAUUGAUGCUACCUCUGGACACUGCUUUCUUUCUUUCCUCGACAUGUUCUCUGGUUAUCACCAGAUUCCCAUGAAGAAGGAAGAUCAAGAAAGAACGGCAUUCAUGACCCCGAUUGGUAAUUACCACUACAAAGUUAUGCCUUUUGGCUUAAAGAAUGUUGGAGCCACCUAUCACCGAAUGGUUGAUCGUGUCUUCUCAUGUCAAAUUGGACGGAACCUGGAAGCCUACGUUGAUGAUAUCUUGGUAAAAAGUAACAGUAUCAACGAGCAUCUAGAACACCUUAGAGAAACAUUCAACACACUUCGUGCAUAUGCCCUUCGCCUCAACCCUAAGAAGUGCGUUUUUGGGGCGACUGCUGGAAAGUUCUUAGGGUUUAUGGUAACCCGGCCUGGGAUCGAGGCCAACCCUCGACAAAUUGAUGCCAUACUCCAAAUGUUCUCCCCAGCCAGAGGCAAAUAAGUACAAGUUCUCACCGGUCGCAUCGCCGCACUCAAUCGGUUUAUCUCCCGUGCUGGCGAUCGUUGUGCCCCAUUCUUUGCCACUUUGAAGGGUGCUGGGAAACACUUUGAGUGGACACCUGAGUGCGAAAAAGCUUUUACUAAGCUCAAAGAAUUUCUGGUGACACCUCCGGUACUUUCUGCCCGGUGAAUAAUGAAACCCUUUUCAU